AUGGAGAAGGCCGACCUCUCGGUCCCUUCGACGACGAUAGAGCCGCCUUUCCAUCCCACGUACGACAUGAAGACAGUCAUCGGGCUCGCUCUCGCGGAGGACGCUGGGGACCGAGGUCCCUCCUCUGGCUCUCUACGCUACCAGACCUCGAAUUUUUUUACUUAGGUUUUGAUCCUCGAUUUUAAUGGCGGAUGUAUGCGCGAGACGAGCAUGGCCAACCUUUUUUGUUUGCUUUAUUCUUCAAUUCAAGCUGGCUUUCUGAGAUCUUGCUCCAAGUGAAUUUUCUUUUCUGGAAUUGGCUGCUGUACUUGGUUGAAGCAGGCGAUGUGUGAACUGUGUGAGUGGUCGCUAUAUAAGGCAGUAUAUCGCGUUCCUUCGGAUGGCACUGUAUGGUGGCAUCUUGUGGGACUAGACUAGACCUUCCAUACGGAGAUGGUGAUGGGAUAUAUUUGGUGCCCACUUAUGAUGGUUAUGUACCAUUUUCGAUUGAUGAUUUUUUCAGUUUAGGGGGUUCACAUUGGCGAAACGAAUAUAGAAGACUCCAAUUUUCUGUGCAGAUUUGGUUCGUCCAUUAAAAUAUAUAUAAUAUGUAUGUAUGCUUGAUGUAAGAACAGUACAUUUUGCUAGCGAUUGAAGUAAUGAGGCUCCAUUUACAUUUUUUCAUGAAUGAAAUUUCCAUAGUGAGGAGAUUGAACAGAUGAAGUGAUGUUUAACCAUUUUGAUCAGAAAUUGUGCUGGAAAUGGCCAAAAAGAAUACUCCGGUGAAGAAGAUGGUGUUUGCUGACUUUUUUUUUCUUUUUUUCCGUUAUUUGAAAUGCACCUUGCCUGUUAUUGUCUUAUGAUGGUUGUCUUAAAGAGGUUUUUCUUCUGAGCUAUGUGCGCUGAAGUGCAGGUGAUGUGACUUGUAUGGCGACCAUUCCAGCCGAUACAGAAGCAGAAGCACACUUCAUAGCUAAGGAGGAUGGUGUUAUUGCAGGAGUUGCUCUCUCGGAGAUCAUAUUUAAUGAGGUUGAUCCGUCUCUAGAGGUAAUGGACUUUUAUGAAAUCAGGCUGAAUUAGCCCAUGAAACGUAUCUUAAUUGCCUUCUCUUUUAUUUGAUGAAGCUCGAAUGGUUGGUGAAGGAUGGAAAUUAUAUUCAUAGAGGCUACCAAUUUGGCAAAGUUUCUGGUAAAAAUCGUGAUCCCAGUAAAUAUUUUCUCGCCCAUUCCUAUAGAAAACUUAUCGCCAUCGUGUUCAUUAUUUGGAGGGCGUGCACGCAGCAUUAUUGUGGCAGAAAGAGUUGUGCUUAACUUUAUGCAAAGGAUGAGUGGAAUAGCAACGCUUACCAAGGUAUGCUUCUACUACGAAUCUUCAAGGCAUGCAUGGAGAAGAAUUUUUUUCUGCUGUUUACAUUUAAUGAAAUCUCUUUGACAAUUUUCUUCCAGUUGUGUUGUUUAGGUAACAGAUUAUUCACAUAAUCUUAUGUUUGAUCCACAUAAACUGCAUGUGAUAGGUGAUUCACCCCUUUUUUUUCCUUGAUUUCUCCCUAUUUCGCAUUCUUCAUCCCUGUUUAGGAAUUCGGGAAUAUGUAGGUGGCGAUCACCUUCCCUGAAGCAACUCCCGGAGAUGGUAGACAAUUGUAUAUGCAUCAUAAAUGUAUAAAUGUGUGCGUGCAUGUAAGUUCUUACAUUGAAUGUGCUUAGAUAUCAAUGUACUUGUGAAUAAAUGGUAUGGGUGGGCAUGCUCUCAUUCGUAUAAGGUAAUCGAGUUUCCUUUCUGUUUGUGGACAUUCAGCUUUCCCACCUUACAGUAUCACACUGUCUUCAUCAUUGUCAUGAACCGCUGCCCCCACACAAGGACAUGCCGUCGAUUUUUGUUAUUAUUAUGCAUAAAAAAUUUCACUCCCAGCAUAGUCAGCAUGUCAGAAGCAUUUAAGAUGGUUCUGUAUUAUGCACGUAAAUGUCAUAGUUGCCUCUUAAAGGUGGAAAUUGGUAUAUAAAAAAGGCUCUAAGUUGAUAGUACAUCCAUAGAAAAAUCAGAUGGAAUUCAUAGCGAUAGAAUAAUCGCUUGAAUUUUUAGAUAACUACUGUUAUGAGUUGGAAUGUCAGAACAGUCUUUGUCAGGCUACUUUCAAUCAAAUGAGUAGUACUAAAUGACGUCAUAAAUGAAUGCACCGUCAUAAGUGAGGCCAAUAUAGUGACUAAGAACACUAGAACGAUCAGAGCUGAUAAACCGCAAACUAUAUGUAAAGAGCUCCAAUGAGCGGAUUUUUUUGGCAAAAGGGCAGCAGAUUGUGUAAACGAGUCAAUCAGAAGCCAAAAAGAGGAUGGUUUCAGGACUGGAUCAGCCUUGGCCUUUUUCUGCUCUAGGGAUCUUUGGACCCAGCUCAGUCUAUGCGCGAUCGGUUCUUCCUGGUUUAGUAAAAGAUACUUAAUCCAUUUGGAAGCCAUCAGAGAAAGUCUUCCUCUUGCUGGAUCCAGGUUGAUUGUGAUUGGGUGUAACUAUUUUUAGAGUGUCCAUUUAUGGACGGUUCUUCACUUGGUUUUAGUCCGUCACUUAGAUUCAAUCUGAUCAAGCUAGCUGGUAUUAUUUUCCAGCAAGACCCAUCCCUUCCUCGUAUGAAGGUCGAGGAUAGAAAGUGUUCUCUUUCUUAAGGAGGUGGGUUAUUUUAUAUGAAGGGGCUAAGAGGGUUAGACCACAGAGAUGGAUGGGUUGGUGAAAUCCUGUUUGAGAGAACUUCCAAAAUCGGAAGAAGUGGCUCUCAAUGAAAUCCUGGACCGACCUGCUCUAGCAAUGGGGCCCCAAGCCUUUCGCAGUCGAAGCUGAUCUGGUGAGCUCUAGCUCGAGUCCAGCCAUCGCAUAAAACUCCUAAAAAUGUUGGGAAAGUGUUUCUUGGCGCUUUGUUCUUCACCUUAUUUCCUGUGCAGAAUAAUCAGCUACAACUUAUUAAUUGGAUCUUACAACCCACAAAGGAAUUUAUUAGAGGUCAAUGAUCAUCUGGAAUGCGAGCAGUGGGAAGCUGUAAAACUUGCUUCUUUUUUUGUUGCUGUAUUUAAUGACGAAAAUGUUAAAUCUUGAUGUGGUGUGAAUGUCAGGGGAGAUGAUGAUGAUUCAGACGGAGCUUUGCCCUUAAUUUUAAUCUUAUAGAACAUACCCAACGAGAUGUUUCAUUUUUUUUCAGGCCAUGGCCAGUGCAGCUCACCCAGCUUGCAUUUUAGAGACGAGGAAAACUGCGCCAGGUCUACGUUUGGUGGAUAAGUGGGCGGUGCCUAUCCUGUUUAUUGCUCAUGAUUGUAAUUUUUAGGCUGUGCUGUAUGUUUCUGGCCCUUAAUUCUUGAGCUGGAUGCCUCUCCGCAGGUGCUGAUUGGCGGGGGAAAGAAUCACCGGAUGGGCCUGUUUGACAUGGCAAUGAUAAAAGAUAACCAUAUUUCAGUUGCAGGGGGUGUCACUGAAGCCAUCAGAUCAGUUGAUCAGUUCUUAAGACAAAAUGAACUCCAGAUGGAAGUUGAGGUGCGCCUGUCUCGACUUCUCAGGCUCAUCUGAUGAUUAGAAUCUUACGAGUAUCAACACCCCUCUAGCUUACAUACGCAUCUCUCAUUUUUUUUAUUUCACGCAAACAUCUCUCAUUCGGAUGUGUGACUGGGUGAGAUCUCGCCUCAUACUUCUCAGUAUAUGAUCAAAACUUAAAACUUGAUGAUCUUUCUAGAGAGAGAGAGAGAGAGAGAGAGAGAGAGAGAGAGAGAGAGAGAGAGAGUCAUCCAUCUCAAAGCUUUGGCUUUCUAAAAUGGACCCAUUUCUAACGUUUUCUUGGACUCAAAAUUGAGCGUUUGAUGUUAUUCUUACCUUAAUCUAGGAAGUGCUGCAAAGAAAGGCUGAUAUAUUCUCAUCGAACCCAGACGAAGUUUUUCGUUCCCGUUGUCUCUUUGAUGUUGUCUUGUGUUCUUGUUAGAUGUUGACGGGCCGCUUGUAUGAAUUCUCUUUCUAGAUCGAGACCAGAACCCUGCAAGAAGUGGAGAAUGUGCUGCAAUAUGCAUCCCAAAACAAGACGUCGUUGACUCGAAUCAUGCUGGACAAUAUGGUCGUUCCCCUCCCAGGUGGCGACGUUGAUGUCUCCAUGCUGAAGGAUGCUGUUGACUUGAUAAAGGGAAGAUUCGAGACCGAGGUAUCUUCAUGAAUAUGCUGUGCAUUGCAUUCAACUUGCAAGAAAAUCUUCUCAUAUUAUCCCGUCCAGUUCUUCCUGUUCACUCUCUGCUUCCGGAUUUCGGUAGGCUUCUGGAAACGUCACCCUCGAUACGGUGAAGAAAAUCGGAUCAACCGGCGUCACCUACAUUUCAAGGUAUUCUCUAGAGUUUUCUCCUUAAUCGAAACUGCUUCGGUUCUAUCUUUCGGGACCCGCCCCCUUCUUAAUCGGGAAGAAGUAGGUGAAAAAGGGAACAAUGGUAGAGGAUUUACAGGAUGAACAUCACGGGAAAUUACCAGGGAACUGUGGAUAUCGGCCAACCCGAAUCAUUCUUUUGCUCAGUCAUUCUAUCUCCCUUUAGAGUUUCUCUCUCUAGCUCCCUUUUCAAGGACAGGGUCCCCGGUGUUACAUAGAAAUAUGGGCCUGAUAUUCACAUCACUACUGAGGAAUUGAGAUCAAGAACUUGGAUCAGCCUGUUGGUUUCUGUGACGCACCCGCUAUGAACCCUUCGGACAAGGACCCUCGCUAUGAAGUGAGGAGAGAUAACUAAAGUGGGCAGAGAUUGUGCGACAUGGGUUCUCUCUCUCUCUCUCUCUCUCAAGCUAUUCCUUAUCACUCGUCAAAAUUGAAUGCUCCUUGAGCUUGUUCUUCGGUCUUUUGUUGUUGUCUUCUCAGCGGGGCGCUCACUCAUUCGGUGAAGGCGCUCGAUAUCUCCCUCAAGAUAGACACAGAGCUGGCCCUCGAAGUCGGACGACGCACUAAGCGAGCCUAA